AUGGCAACGACGAUUUUCAAACUCCUGCUGAUAACUUAUAUCAGUGCAGAAUUUGUGAACAGUCAACUUCGAUCGAUUAAUCAAGGACAAAGGUACCCUGACGAGGCUGAAAUAGAAACCUGUGGAAACAUCCGCGACAUUAUUAGACGAAAUUCAGCUCGCUUUCGAAAAAUCCUCGUCAAGAAUACAAACAGUGAGAUUAACUUCGCAAACGAUGACUGCCGUCGAAUGACUGCUCGAGCGAAGAGCAAGCUAGAUGUGCUCGGAUCUACAGUAAGACGGCAAUGGAGCAAUGUAAAAUUGAAAGUUACUUUAGCUUGGACGGACCAAAUAAUGCCACAAGCGCCGAUUUCGCUUCACUAUGAAGGUAUGACGACAUAAACCUUAAAAACUUUACUUUAAACUAAAUUAAAAUCGAUGUGCGGAAAAUGAAAUCGAGAACAAAAUUAAUUGAUCCUCAAUUUCCGUUGAAUGUUUAUCUGAAAAAAAUUCGCUCACGAAUGUGUUUUCUCUUGAAAAUAUAUACAUAAAUUUUAUAUUCACUAAUUCCUAAUAGUGCCGUUUCUAUUCUUUUCAACUAAAUUAUUUCACAAUGACAACUGCUCAACAAAGUCAUCGGUCCAUGAAACUGCUAUUUUGGUGAAAGAAGGACAGAUCACGAAGAUUGUGCAACUUGACCUAAAUGUACUUUUCAAUCAAGCUCAAUAGGUUUCGCAGACACUUUGCCAAACAGAGAAUUUUAUCUAAGCGAGCUAGUAUUCCCCUAAUGAUCAAAUUCUAAUAUUCUUCAUUUACGAAUCAGUAUGGAAGGGAUAAAUAAGAUGAAUUUUAUAAUCCUGUUAAGCGAUCGAAUUUUUACUUGUGGGAGAGAAACUUGAGCUUUAACGUAAAGUUAGUUAAAUCUCGUGCAACUUUUGUUUUGCAUAUUCGUGGUCAAUCCUUUAAUUAAACUGCUUUAUUUAGGACAUUUUAACAGCGACAAACAAUAUUACUUCCAGCGUCGAUGGAAAAAAUAUCGUUUAUAUUAGUUGACUAAGAUAGGAAAACACCAAAAACAGGAAGAUGAAGCCAAAAGAAACGAACUAGUGACGAAGAGUUGUGAUUUUAAUUCGCAGAUUACAAUGAAAAUUUUUGACCUUCUAAGCGACUUUAAAAUUGACGUUGGAUCAUAAGAAAGGUGAAGGAGUUUAUAGUCUUCUCAAAAAAAGGAAAUUGUUUGACGUAUGAGAUUCUAGCGCACAGAUUUUCAGCUAAUUCACAACCAUAAGUCCAAGAUAAAAUUCAUUAGUUUUCACCCCUGCAGUUCUUUCCGUGCGUCACGUCUCCAUAGGCUGAUUUUGGAUUUUGGCCAGUAGCAAUCAGCAAACAAAUAAAUAACUCAUUCUUCUAAUUGAAACUGUGCAUAAUAGACUUUAUUAUUAAUCUGCUUGAUUCAUUUCGUUAUCAGUUUCAAUGACUUGUUUUUUUUAUAUCUCUAUCUAAUAGCCUUUUUCAACGAGUCCGCUUCUCUACACAUAACACGCAACAGGAUUGUACUACAAUAUCAUCUCUUGAUUGCGUGACAUUUGCAGAGACACUGUCACGCUACCUAAGUUGGGAAGUUUAUAGCCUUUAUCGCCAUCGGUUUAAUACAAGGAGGUUUUUAUUUAUCUUUCGAUUCCUCUGUUACUUAAGAAAAAAAAAAUUAAUUGAUCUUCCAGGACGUGCUGUUCGUCUCCAGACCUCUGAUGGUGACACAGGAAAGCUAUCGACUUUAGCAGGCCUGGCUGUACAGGCAGGAUUUGACUGGGUUCAUUAUGCAACCAAUUCUUACAUCCAUGCAAGCGUCAUUCGAGAUGGUGAGCCUUAGUUGCACUUUUUCUCAAGCAAAAAUAGACUAUUUCGGGAUAAAUUUAUGUCAGACAGAGAGGGAAAAUUACAAAUUGAAUCAGGAUUAAAGGCAGAUUCUACUGUUCCUAGCAAAUAAUUUUUGACAAACUGAAGUAGCUAGUAGUAUGUUUCCUUCAUAAAAAAUGAUGCCUGACACCAGCGUGGGACAAAAAAAAAUAUCUGAGACCCUAUGAGAAAUCAAAUCUCAGAUCUACGUAUUUCGCAAUGCGAUGUUGUAACACAGAGUAAACAACUGGAAAUUGUUGGUGAGCUGGGCAACCAGAGGGUGCGAGCAGUCUUUAGGCGAAAUCCGUCGCGCCAGUCCAAAAAAAGCAUCGUGCGCUUGACUUUAUUCGUCAAGCAAACCUGCCAGGGGUUAUAACUCUUUUUUUAAUUCUACUUCUCAGUUUGCCAGACAUCCGUGGAUCUAGCCUUUAUACUGGACAGUUCAGGCAGUGUGGGAAGCCAUAACUUCCAAAAAAUAAAGGACUUCGUGAAAAAUGUGGUGGACUUCUUCAACAUUGGUUCAUCCGGGACACACGUGGCUGUGGUAACAUACUCCACAUACACAAAAUUGGAAUUCAAUUUAAAAGCCCAUCACACCAAGUCGGCGAUCAAGAAUGCAGUAGGAAACAUAAAUUACCGAGGGGGGUGGACAUACACUGCAGACGCUUUGGAUUAUGUACGCAAGAAUAUUUUCACCACGUCACAAGUGAGUAGACUGGGGAGAAUUUCACAACUCCUGGGUCGGUCAGAUAUCCCAUAAUUGAUCUUUUCUCUUCAUCUUACUAAUUUUCUGCUUGAAAAUAUAUUGAUAUAGUAAAGGGAUAUUCUUUUUUUGCUUCACAGGGAAUGAGACCAGAUCAAGGCAUCCCUAAAGUGACUGUCUUACUUACCGAUGGAUAUUCCAAUGGGCGUGGUGUGAGCGGACCUGCCAAUCAACUCCGUAACCAUGGAGUAAAUAUCUUUUCCAUUGGUGUCGGUUAUAACGUCAAUCCUGCAGAGUUGAAUACCAUAGCUUCUGACCCGGAUAGCACUCACGUGUUCCGAAUGAGCAGCUUUAACGAUCUGUCGGGCUGGGUGGAUAAACUUAGUGCAGUGUCAUGUGAUGGUAAGCUAAGAGGCAAUUCUUCCAUUUAGUAACCCUGAAAAGGAUACAUGCGCUCAGAAAUCAUGUAACUUCUCACCCUCUUUAAGAGUUUAUCCCAAAUUAGGCCUGACACUGUCUGCAUUUUGUGCGAUUCAAAAGUCAUUUUACCUUAUGAAAAUUGAGCUCCUGAGAGUUUGAAAUUAUAUUUGUUUGAGUCAUGGUAUCUGAAGGUUUCCCCUGCUACGCGACUUUGCAAAUACUGGGGUCAGAAUGAACGCUGGGACUGGCCAAUCCUUAGACUAUGACCCUCAAGGGUAACGUGUAACCACUUUUUUCGGACAUUUGCACUAACUCGCGGAUUGAAAAUAAAAGGUUUCCGUUUAAACCAUCCGGGAUGUUAACGGUCAUUAAUGAUCUUGACCAUUAUGGAAAGAGAAAAGGGUUGCAAAAAUAAAAUUUUAAUUGAUUUUGCGAAGCUUUUUUGGCUUUGCUUCUCACACAACAGUAAAAGAGCUCGAGGCCGCGCGAAACAACAUGCCCCUUGAGGGAUCUGAUACAGGGUUGGCCAAUCCCAGCAUUCAUUUGGACGCAGUAUUAGCAAAGUCGCGUAUUGUAAGUUCGCCUCCGACCACCUUUGCGAGUACGCCUCCUAAACUGAAACAAGUUCACCUCCAACUUUACCAGUUGAUCCCAAGGUGAGUUUGAAAUUCGAGUUGUUUGAUUCAUCGGUAUCUGGAGAUUUCGCCAAACUCCCUCCUUCCCCCCCUUCACCUUUACCAGUUCGCUCCCAAAGUGAGUUAGAAAUUCGAGUUGUUUGAGUCAACACACCUUGUCUUCUUCAUUUCAGAGGGCGCCGCUGUCUCCUCCUGUGACGAUACUGUUACCACUGUGGAGAGCGACACGUUUAAAUACUUCAGGACCCAAUUUAGUACCGUAGCGAACAACAGAAUAUCUGUUGAAGUCAGCGACAUCGAAGGUCAGUUGCUGUAGGACACUUUUCAAUUGAGUCGUAGAUAGACAACUUAAGGCGGGAUUAGCUUUCGGUGCUUGUAAGGAACUUGUCUUUCUUCCUUUGAAGGGUCAAGCCCUUGACUUGCGGAAUUCGAAACUUAAAAUCUUAAAUGUAGAGGCAACAUUUCUUCAGUAUCACUGAAAACUUCACUAAGGUGUCAUGAAUGUACGCAAUCAGUGUCAGUGUUGGGUUAUGUUGGGUCACAAUUGUAAAUAUAGUACUUUUCUAUCUUACUAUUAUUUCUGCGCCUCAAAGGAAGCACUUGUAAAGUCAUUUUAGUUUCUGGUUUAGUCCCAAGAUCUUGAAGGUUACGCCCUCUUACGAUUCUAGAAAAAUUCCCUCGUCUACAACCGAGCGAGGCGUUGUUGAAUUAUUUGGAAAGAAAUACCAAGUUUUGCGGUGUCUAAACUUAUCAAUAAUUUUGUAAAUAUCUUUUCGUUUCCAUGUGCGAUUGCUGAUAUUUAUUCAAACCUGUAGGUGAAUUAGUUAUUGCACGAAUUGAAUGAGUAACGUUUCCUAUAUCUUCAUAGGUAUUUCCCAUCUUUACGCAUCACUAACAAGUUCCAACCCAGGCCCCAUGGAUCCAGCCUCGUCCAAAAAUGAGAGUGAUGUCUCACCUCGUGCCAUUUCCCUGUCUCUAUCCGCAUCAAAUAAGGUAGAAUAAAUCAGUUACUGUUAUUUGAAUUAUGACUCGUAGCAAAACGAAUUCAGAAUUUUUUUUCGGCCACAAACCAACCACGGAGCGUAUUGUCUUUAUUUAUUUGUUGUUCCUUUGUUCUUUUAUUAUUUUUAUUUAUUUAUUUUUUUUUUUUGGUCUUUAGAUCGUUUUCGUUGCAGUUCAAGGCCAGCACUCAAGCAAUAAAUUUAAAUUGUCCAUGUGGGAUGCUCUCUUCUCGCGUGACACGUACGUUGCAAGUGUAACGGAAGAACAGAAUGUACCUGUCACGGUGCUGAAUGAAAAGCUGUCGCCAUACUCCUACACGUAAGUGUGCUCAAAACUGUUAUAUCACCAGAAACCUUAAUUAGUCACUUGAUCUUGCAUCAGGUCUUUCAUAAACGGUGGAUGGUCUGUCCCAAGCGUUCAGUUAGCGAAACAAGGCAAAGUAAUAAAGGCGUGAAACGUGGGGGUUUGGGUCUGUCCAAGUUGAGCUUGGCCAGAAUAUAAUCACCUGGAACAGCUAAAGACAGGGUCCAGUGGAGGUUCAUGGCUGACGCCCAUUGCUACAUAGCAGGAUCGAAGAUAGCCUAAUCUAAAUUUUGUUUCUAUAUUGUUUUUAUAACAGGCUCAAAUACAGCAUUACUGAAGGAAAUGAUGGAAACGUUUUCAGCAUCAAUUCUAACAGUGGUCUUAUAAGAACGACAAAAAAACUAGACAGAGAAACAAAAUCUUCCUACCGUUUGACUGUCCUCGGUCAAAACACUGACAACAGAUGCCACAAAGGUCGCGCUGUUGUUCUUGUUAACGUCAAAGACACCAAUGAUAAUUCUCCAAGUUUCCCAGAUGCAUCAUACUCAGCAACUGUACCUGAAGAAAAUCCUGCCAAUACUUUUGUUACUAUGGUUACAGCGACGGAUGCCGAUACUGGCGUUAACGCGCAGCUGACUUACAGCAUUCACUCGGGAAAUAACGAUAAAAGAUUCACGAUAAACGACAAAGGCGAAGUUAAGACCACACAAAAGUUGAAUUACGAAGAAAAGAGUAGCUACACUCUUGGAAUCACUGCCGAAGACGGCGGAAAUCCUCCCAAGAGUGAUACCACAGUUCUAACAGUAACUGUAGAAGAUAUCAACGAGCCCCCAUAUUUCGUGAAAGGUUGCGCGCAAAAUAACACAUGUAAGUUCUCGGUGAAGGAAAAUAACAACCGCAACACGCCACUAGGCUUGAUUCAAGCUAGAGACCCAGACGCAGGCUGCAGUUCUUUAACUUACGAAAUUGUUACGGAACAGUCCCAAAAUUCUAAGGUCUUUGGUAUUGAUAACAAUGGACAAGUAAAGGUACUUGUAAAAUUAGACCGUGAAUUGAAGCCGCAUUAUACAGCAGUGAUUACAGUGCAGGACUGUGGUUCGCCAGCGCUGAAAGUUUUAACUCGCAUUCAAGUGGAAGUUCUGGACGAAAACGAUGAGAGUCCGCGAUUCACUUUGAACUCAUACAAAGCAUCCGUGCAAGAAAACAUCGCUGUGGGAAGCACUGUGGUACAAAUCUCUGCCAUUGGUGAGUCUGUUCUUACUUUUUUUGGAUCCUAAGCUGCGUUCUUGGUAAGCGAAGAGAUUGCAACACCAGGCGUUAAAAACAGUGCAGGUGUUCGAUGUAGCAAAUAUAUUUUUCAGACAAUCGCUGGAUGUCUGAAACCUCUGAACAGUCUUCACUAAUUAUCAAUUGUAGAAAUAACUGCAAAUAGAGCAACUUCCAAUUGAGUUUCAAAGAAAUCCAGGAUUGCUUUGGUUUCACUUUUCCUCGCUUUGUGAUUGGUUCAGGUAUUCUCAACCAAUCAGAUCCAAAACUAAAACCAAUCACUACUUGGUCGCCCGCGUUUUCCCGCGCUUUAGGCAGUUUGCUUGUUUUUUACUUUGAGUACUCAUUGGCUCUUUAAAGGUAUUUUCUUUUCAUAUAAUUUCUUCGGUUAAGGUUUCACUCAAUCGAAGAGCGCUCUUUCUGUUUUAUGUUUUUACGCUGAAGUCGUGAUUUUCUUUAAUUUUUGUUCUUCAGAUGCUGACGCCGGAUCCAAUGGGGAGUUAUCGUACAGUAUUAUUUCCGGGGAUACGAGUGCAUUUAUGAUCGAUUCACGCACUGGAACAAUUAAGAGCAAAGUUUCGUUUGACAGAGAAACCAGGGUUUCAUAUUCGCUUACCGUGCGCGCGAGGGAUCAUGGGCAAACUCCUCAGGACGGUACCGCGACGGUGGAUAUUUCGAUUCUAGAUGUGAAUGAUAACAAACCGGUCAUAACCAACGUACCAGCGACAAAACAAGUUCCUGAAGACAAGAACACUGGGGAGGUGUUAUUUGUUGUUACAGCUACUGAUCGAGAUUUAGGCAAGUUAACUGUUUUGGGUAAACGUUUCACCCGGGCAACGAGUCGUUUAUUCGUCUCCUUUUGCUCUUUCUCUUUACACAACGCGGGACUAGACAAAAUAAGAACCGCUGAGGAGAAGACAAUGAGAGAUCGAGACUUGGCCAUUUUGAAUUUAUUUGAAGUUUCAGAGGAAUAUUCUCAAGACUUAAAAAAUGUAUAAUUGAAUUAAUGGUAUACCUGGCUACAAAUAGGUGCCAAUGCAAAAAUUGUGACGGAAGGAAAAUUUUUGUUAUCUCAAAAUUCUCGUCGAUUUGUCAUGAUCGGUCCAUGGCAAGGUGGAUCCACUUUUAAAUAGUGGUAUUUGACGAAGUUAACGACUUGAAACUUCCGUACUUGUGCAAUCAUGCAAACUGUAAUCGGUAGACACGACAUGCGUAUAAUUGCAGACACUUGUCACCCUCAUUGCAGAUGACUCGCAAUAUUUUUUUUCGUAUCGAGUAACCUUUGUUCAGAGGGUUUUUCACAAAGAUACAUCUUUUUCCAAUUGAUGUAACUCCACACCGGUCAUUUUCUUGCUGUCGUUUUGAUUUUUUUAUUCGGUCGCUUACAGGUGUGAACGCUGAUUUGCGGUAUUACAUCGAAAAAGGAGACGGACAGAAUUUAUUCAACCUUGAGGCUAAAACAGGAAGUUUGACUCUCGCUCGAAAACUGGACUAUGAAACAAGGUAGGGUUCAAGUUGCAUCUACAGCUGUUUCGAGAAAGAUUGUCCGAAAAAAAUACACGCGAAAACCCCUCAAGGUAUUGUGGAUAGUUUUUAGGUCGCGAACGGUUCCUUGACCUCAGGAUUUCAGAGAAAUCCGAGAAAACGUCACAAUAAGGAUGAGGUUUCGCGAGUUUGAUGAAUUUCUACAUUCCACUUCUUAAAAUUCACCGAUUACCAGAUACCCAGACUACCUUUCAAGAUUGUCGUGUGCACUUGUCCUUUUUUCCGACUUCCUCUCUAAAAACAGUAAUAUAUAUACCAGCAGAUAAUGUAUACUUAAAACGGAGAGAAUACUUUUUAUAGAAGUUGCUUUCUAGAUUUACUGUCAGCUACAAUCGCAUCCAGAAUUAAACUUCCAUAGUCAUGAUUAAGCAUUCUAAUCUGUAAUGGAUGUCACUGAGUUCACAUCUACGGACACUCUCUUUAUAUAUAAUGUUUCCCAUUGCAGAACGAGCUAUACACUGAAAAUCCGCGUCACAGAUAGAGGAAGUCCACCUCUGUCUUCCUCUGCUGAUCUUACAAUCUCGGUACAAGACGUGAACGACAACGCCCCGGUAUUUAGCCUCUCAUCGUACAGAGCAACGGUACAAGAAAAUAAAGCAAAAGGAACUUCAUUCUUCAGGGUAAGAUAAAACUAACCACAACUUACUUUUGAUAUUAUCAGCAUUUAAUGAAAUGACUUCGCUCAUAACCUUCCUGCGUUUCUGUAGGAAACAGUGACGUCAUUCCUUUCUCUCUCAUUGUUGCAAUAUCAUGACAGGAGUCGGAAAUAUCACCGCGGAGCAAAAAGGACGAACUUGAAUGAAAAUAUUUCAUAAUAAUUAACGGCGUCUAUGUAUUUUUAGGUAACUGCGACAGACUUAGAUUCUGGUUCAAAUGGAGCUAUAACGUAUGCUAUUGUCAGCGGCAACAACGGGAACUUUUUUGAAAUCGAUGGAAAAGGUAAUAAAACAUUUGUUAAAACACCCCCCUCCCACCUCAUCCAAGUCAUAAACAGAUUUUGCUUCACUUGAUAAGAUUUUUAAAUUCUGCCAUUGUUCCUGAAAUUUUGGGUGCGCUAUUUAGCUGAUGCAAUCAACUUGCGACUGAAUUUCGUUGUAUCCAACCAGACCUGAAUUUAGUAUAAGCAAGAAAGCUGGCGAAAGUCUCCUUCGCAGCAAUUUUUUGUGGCUGCUAUAAGCUCUCUCUCCCCCCACCUUCUUUUAAAACUAGAACCUCAACCACUUCCGUUUAACGCGAUGAAAUGUGUAGCCAAGUAUUUUGUGACGCGACGUGUAGCUAAUGAGAGUCACUCAAAUGAUACAAGCACUGCUGCUUUUUCCUUUGACAUUCUUCGCUAGUUUUUAAGUCAGAAACACACCUUUCAUUUGUUGGUAUUCUUUCUCCUAGGAUAUCUUGCGAUCAGGAACCCACCUGAUUACGAAACCAAAAAGCAGUUCGACUUGAUCGUAGAGGCAGCGGACGGCGGAAACCCUGCGAAAUCAGUGACGGUUCCGGUGAAGGUUCUCAUAGAAGAUGUAAAUGACAACAAGCCCCAAUUUAAUCAGUCCAGCUAUAACUUAGUAGUCAGCGAAGACGCAGCAGUGCGUGAGAGGGUCGGAGCAGUCUUUGCUACAGACAAAGACUCAGGGGUAAGAGGCAGGCUGCUGUAUACCAUAACAGGAGGAAAUGUGGGCAAUGCCUUCUCAAUUGAUGGAAAUACUGGUCAGUAUCCCCUUCUUUUAUUACAUGCUCAACAAAGAAUCUCGCUCCUGAUUGGUCAGUGACGAAUGUGCAUUACUGUAUCUCUCAGUUAGUGCUUGCGAUGUGAUUGGCCAAUUUAGCGGGCCGUAAUUUAUUGUGCUGCCCGCUAAAUUCAAUAGUUUGUUUGAAUUCACAUUAAUAAAUUAAUAAACAUCUUACCAACCUCUUUUUCCCGGUCCGCACUGCAAGUUACGGACCGAGCUUUUUCCUCUCGCCUCGCGCCUUCGCCAUCAAUCUAAGCGAACUAAACUCGGUGGGUUCGCAACUUUCAGUACGGACCUCAAACUCGGUUGGUAAUAGGUUUAUGGGAUACUAAAAUUUUUUUUCAAAUGACAAACUAUAAUACUAUUGAAAAACUAAAGAAAGAUUUUUUAAAGAUGGACAAGAAAAAUACAGUUUGUGAACGACAAAUACAAACAUGAAAGGGGCAAAACCGAGACAAGAUGGAAUUAUUAAGGGCAAGAUUAACAAGGAUUCUAAUUGAUCAAGAAGAAACUUUCGGGUCGAUCCUUUAAUCCUUUAAACCCUAAGAGUUAGUAGCAUCUAAUUUCUCUUAACAAUAUCAUCCUUGAAUCACAUAUGAAGGCAGUAAGAAUAAAGGAAAUGAUCACCAACUAAAGAAUAUCUUGAUUGUUAAACAAAUUCUCUUUGUCCACACCUAAGGAAACGUUUAAAGAAAAGUAUGGAGAAUAUGCAUGCUGGUGUUGGGGUGUAAAGGUUUAAGAUGCGCAGGUCGUGACCAGUUUAUGGUUUGAAUAAAGGUACAACUUUUGCAAGAAGGUUAAUCUUUGUAUUAUUUGUCUCCAGGUGUCCUUAGUGUCCAGUCCAUACUCGACAGGGAGACAACUGCAUCGUAUACUCUGAAAGUAGAAGCACGCGAUGGUGGAAAUCCUUUCAAAGAUACUCUAGUCGACGUCCAAAUCACAAUUUCAGAUGUGAACGACAACGCACCUUUAUUUGACAGAUCAAAGUACGGUGCGUCUAUCAGCGAGGCUGCGUCUUCAGGUGCAUCCGUUGUCACGGUGUUAGCUCAAGACAACGACAUAGGACUCAACAAGGAGAUAACUUAUGAUAUCAAGACUGGAAAUGAAGACGGCACGUUUAACUUGGAUGGAAGGACCGGAUUAAUCACUCUCAAUCAAACUCUUGAUCACGAAAAGAAGGCUGCGUACGCUUUAGUCGUGACAGCAACAGACCACGGGUUUCCUCAGUUGUCGUCAUCGAUCGAUGUCAUGGUAACAGUUGGUGACGUCAAUGACAAUCCACCCUCCUUUCCACAUUCUCUUUACAACUGCACUGUUGCUGAGAACUUGGCCAAUGGCGUGGCUGUGUGUUUCGUAACCGCUACCGACCCAGAUUCUGGGUUGAAUGGCCAAUUGUUUUACAGCAUAACAUCCGGGAACGAUGGAAAUGCUUUUGUUAUAAAUACGGUGAGUUAUACAUCGCAAACAUACACCUUGGUCUAGAUCUUUGGUGACUAUUUUUCGAAAUGUAAACGUGUUACUCACCAAAAUGGCAUUGAGAACGGAAAUGCCUAUCAGCUUAGGGGCAUAAUGUUGAUAUCACUAAAUUCUCUCAAUUAAUUUACGAGGAAAUGGCAGUUACUCAUUAAAUCGUCUGGUUUAAAGAGUAAAAAUGUUUUCAUUCCAUGUUUCUCUCUUUCCAACAUUUCAUUAUUGGCUCAUGCAGAGUACUUCCAGUCCUGGUCCUGGUUGUUGAAAGGGCGGACAGUAGCAUCCACUGGAUAAUCUUUACCCGGUGGAUAGCGCAGUACUUUUUGUUAACAUUCGUCCGUUGGAUAGUGUCACCUGCCUUUUAAACAAUUGGGCCCUGAUGUUUUGCAACCGUUUUCCCUGAGUUUGCAAUCUUUUUCCUUGGACUAGCUUCCCUGGGUUUAAGUUAACACUGCUUACUAACGAGCACGGACGGAGAAAUCCCAAAGUGUAAUACUUGCAUUUUUAUUUUGACAGGCCACUGGGGAGAUCACAACCAAGCGUACUUUAGAUAGAGAAUCUAUCGCUGUAUAUAACUUGACAGUGAAAGCAGAGGAUGGAAAAAAUAGCCGAAGCAUCACAUCCUUAAGCGAUACCACGUCCGUUCUAGUUUACAUUAUCGAUGAGAAUGAUAACGGGCCAAUCUUUGACCAGCCCUCUUACACAUUCCACGUGUUGGAAAAUGCAACGAUAUCUCAAUUAGUGGGACAAGUGGGAGCAAAAGAUGAAGACGCAGGACUCAAUGGAAAAUUAACGUACAGUAUAUCGGCUGGAAACUCUGGGGACAGGUAAGAUUUGUGAAGAUUACGUGACAGAUUGACUGACUAUCUGAGCGGUGACUAACCGAAUACUAACCUGGGUCGGGUUUUUCAAAACUGGAUCACGAUAACCCAGGAUUAGUUUGAAAUUUGAUUUCAUAUCUGAAAGCUUGAAAGAAAUUUCAGGGUAAUUUAUUUUUUUCUAUAAUUUGAUGAUUGGAUAUUCUUAAAAGGAGAGAAAAUUUUAUCCAAAAAAGGCUUUUGAGGAAAGAAAUAAUGAAACCUGGAUUAAAAUGUAAUCUUGGGUUAGCGUUAAUCGGCCUUCGAACAACUGGACCCAGAUGACUAACCGACUGAUAUACGCUAACUUACUGAUUGAUUUACUAACUCUCCGUUAAACCUAUUGAUUGACUGAUUGGUUUGCUGAUGGAUGACUGAUUGAUAAAUAACUUGGCAGAUUUCGAAUUAUGGAGAGGACCCUUUUCCUGAGAUGAUUUUUCCACAUUAGAUUUUUGAAACAAGAACAACAUUGAUCCAGUUCCGUUAUUCAGUGCUCAUCUAACGUUCUGUUAUUUCUUUUGUCGUUCCACUACUAGCUUUAAAAUCGAUCCCGCGUCAGGUGUGCUUACCGUCAACUCAGGACUGGACCGGGAAACUAAGGCUCAGUUCGCAUUAACAGUGGUAGCGAAGGACUCUGGGUCACCCUCGCUCUCAGCCAGUGUCGUUGUCACGGUAAUAAUAGAUGACGUCAAUGAUAAUCCACCAAUGUUCAGUCAGUCGAUAUUUUAUGGUAGCAUAAGGGAAGAUGCCUCCACUGGUUCAACAGUAUUGAAGGUAAGUACUCCUCUCUUCUUUCUUUCAUUAUUUAUCUUUGAUUUUUACUGGUUGUAUUUUUGGUGAGCUACAGUGCGAUGCUUUUAUUCAUUUUUAUGUUGCUGCAUGCUAAUUUUACAACUGUUGUUGCUUCCUAAGGCAAGGGGUUUUAAUAAUUUUUCCAUUAGCGCCUGCUUAUGGGGUGAUCGGAGGCAGUGCCCGGAAGGGGGGCCGCAGACGAUACCCAAGUACAAGAGCUUGAUCGCAGGCUAAACAGACGGCGGUAGACUGGAAAUAAGCGGCAUUUGUUUAAACCGCUGUCCAGAUAGAUAAGAAUGAUCAAUUAAUGUCACCAUAAAGGAAAUUUUGAUCGUGCUUAAGAUGUGAACAGUUUCAAAUGACAAAACAGAACGCUAGAGUAUAAGAUACGGAGAGCGUGAGGGAAUUCCUCCAGGGUCUAGCAAAGCGUGAUAAAGAAAUUAAGUGAAAGAUCCGCGAAUUGAGGCUUCCACCAUACUAUCCUACCGGUCGAAGAAGGUUCACUUAGACUUUUGUAAUUCAUUUCACAGGUUGAAGCAAAAGAUGACGAUGAAGGGCCAAACGGUCAACUACAAUUCGAUUUGCAAGGAAAAGGCAGUAGAAAUUUCAGUAUUGAUUCACGUGGCUUCAUACAGACUUCCACACCUUUGGAUUACGAGAAGACGAGCUCCUAUAUCCUGACUGUCAUCGCAAAGGAUAGUGGAUCUCCUGCGCAAACCGCGUCUGCGAAAGUUAACAUUACCAUUGUCAACGUGGACGACAACGUUCCUGUAUUCGAGACGUCCUCGGCACCGACGAAGGUCCGCGAAGACGUUGCUAUAGGAACUCGAGUUGUGCGCUUGAAUGCUACGGACGCCGACGGAAAUGAUUUAACAUUUCACAUAAUAGGCGGUAAUGUGGGUGGUGCUUUUGCUAUACAGAAUUCCACUGGACUGGUAACAGUUGCGACGAAGCUUGAUCGCGAAAACGUUGCGAAAUACCAUUUGGCGGUGCGUGCGACCGAUACAAGUGGAAAGUCCGUGAAUAACAAUGCAACAAUUGAGGUGAUGGACGUGAAUGAUAACGCACCAAAAUUCACCAGUCCCAGCUAUUCUAAAGAUAUAAUGGAGAACUUAGCAUCAGGUAUGAAAUUUCUAAUACAUAUUAUUUCGUUUAGAGAAAGCGUGACUUUUUCUCUGGGCUCUCCUGGAAAGGCCAAGAAGGUUUGGGUAGGAUAUUUAAAGAAAUUCUUAAUUGCGUUGUUUUUGCUUUACCUCACCUUGUGAUUUGUCGUUGAAAACCUGCGCUAUCUUAUUCAAAACUACCUCCCCUCCCUUACACCCCCAAUCAGCUUUGCUUUGACUCAUUAUCGCCGCUCUGUGAUAAACACCCUUUGUGACUUCUUUGAUAUUUGCUCUCUCUAUAGCCGAUUGAAAUAUGCUUCAUUAUUUACAUUUGUAUUUGUACGGAAACUUUUGCCCUCUUCAAGCACACAUUUUUGACGAAUUAUUUGGUAUAGGGAGGGGGAUGAUAGAUGUCAUCACAUUUAAAUUGCAAUUUUUUUCUCUUUCUGUGUCUAUCAGGUCAACUGGUUGCUACCGUUGAGGCAACAGACAAAGAUAUUGGUGACAAUGCUAUCAUCAGCUACAAGAUAACCUCCGGCGAAAGCAACAAGUUCACAAUCGAUUCUAAAACUGGUGUUAUAACAACAUCUGAGAAGCUAGACCGUGAAGUAGCGUCUUCGUAUCGAUUGGUCAUCACGGCCAAAGAUCAGGGAAAACCUUCUCUUUCUUCCACCACUACUGUGUCGGUAACAGUCCUCGAUGAAAACGAUAACUCACCGGAAUUCUCGAAACCUUUCUACCAAGCGUCUGUACUCGAAAACACCGCCCUUACAACAAACGUAUUGCACGUGAUGGCCACAGAUCUUGACGAUGGCUCCAACGGUCUGGUGACUUUUUCCGUUUUGUCUGGAAAUACCAAUGAUGCGUUUAAGAUAGAUAACUCAACAGGCUUUUUAUCUGUUAAUCAAAAUUUGGACAGAGAGGCUGUCGCCUUCUACAGUUUAUACAUCAGUGCUUCUGAUAACGCCCCAAACCCUAAGCGUAACUUUGUUCGAGUUAAUUUCACCGUUUUGGACAAGAACGACAACAGCCCAGUAUUUGUCAAUGUGGAGAAUUUUACAGUUGUAGAAAAUGUGGCGAUUGGUGCCAACGUGGGUUUAGUCUCUGCAACAGACGCCGAUGCUGGAAGUAAUGGUGAAAUCAGGUUUUCAAUUGUCAAAGGCAACGAUGAUAAUGCUUUCCGUAUAGAUCCUGUUUCUGGUCAAGUAAAGGUGAAUGGCAAAAUCGACCGAGAGAAAACUGAUCGGUACACCCUGACUGUAAUGGCGUCUGACCAGGGAAAAACAUCCAUGAAAACCACGCAGAAUUUCUAUGUGACGGUGGAAGACCAAAAUGACAACCCACCAAAAUUUGACGCAAACGUUUUUGAAGGUUUGUAAAAUUUUGUCCUUUAAACAGUAUUUAUUCGUUGUCAUACUUCUCAAGCCAAAGGCAUAUAGUUCGGUCAACCCUUUAAACUCCCAUGAGUGACCAAGACAGAAUUUCCUCCUACAGUAUCAAUACAAUAUCAACCAGAAAAGUGAUGAGAAUAAAGAAAAAUAUUAAUUAGGGGAUUAUUAGUUGAUCCAAUACCAAAUUCUCCAGAUUAACAUCACAAGAACUACAUGACAGACAGUAAGGAGAAUUACUAGUGAGAUCGUGGGAGUUAAGGGUUAAGGUAUCGGUCAUUAUGUGUCGCCUGGUGAGUUGAAAAGGAGAUCAAAUGGUUCUCAUGGGGGGACAGAGGGAGGAUCAGUGUUCGCUAACUGAGUAUAAGGAAGGACCACAGAAAAUUGACUGUUGAUAAACUGCCGUGGGGGGGGGGGGGGUCAUGUCAUAUGAAUAUCACAGAGCCUUAUUGGGGGAUUAGUGAACUCAACUAAGAUCCUUCGACCGCCCACAAACGAUAAAUAACGAUCUUUUCGUAAGUGCAAUAUAUACAUGUACCUGCACAAUGUUUUUUUGUGUGUUAUAAUGAUAAAUAUUCUUUUAUUGUCUCCUUGUAGGUACUGUCGAAGAGAAUGCUGCUACAGUUGUCGACGUCGUUCCGGUGAAAGCAACGGAUGCCGAUGUGGGAUCCAAUGCAGACAUCACCUACCGAAUCACGGGAGGCAAUUCAGGAUCAUUCUUUGCCAUAAACAUUAGCACCGGCAUCAUCAGCACCACUGCGCAACUGGAUUUUGAAAAAACGCCGGCAUUUAACUUAACUGUUUCUGCUUCGGAUUCCAAGUUCACGACCUUUGUCAGCGUGAUCAUUGAAGUGGUUAAUGAAAACGAUAAUGAUCCUUCGUUCCCACGGCCGAUGUACUACGCAAACGUCGCAGAAAAUUCUGCUGUGGUUACCUCCGUAGUGAUAGUCAUUGCUUCUGAUGUCGAUCCGUUCGGUCAGCUCACUUACUCCAUCGAAUCUGUUCAACCUGGCAACCAUAGUGAUGCUUUUAGUAUAGACUUAACCUCUGGUCUAAUUUCAACCGCUGACGUGCUGGACAGAGAAAUGAUUGACAGCUAUGUCAUAACUGUCAAGGCAACGGACGGAGGAAAACCAUCUCGUCACGGUUUUACAUCAGUUAUAGUUAAUGUAACUGAUACAAAUGACAAUCCUCCCGUUUUCAACAGUAGCUCAGUAACCGCUGUUAUUUCUGAAGCAUCACCUGUCUCUACCUUUGUGACAAAAAUUACCGCCACCGACUUAGACUCUGGAAGCAAUGCUGAAAUAUCUUACAGCAUAAUUUCAGGAAAUGAAAUGUCAGCUUUUGUUAUUUCUCCAAAUACUGGUAUUAUAACAACCAAUAUGAAACUCGACAGAGAAAAUAUUUCAAACUACGCCCUUAUCUGUCGAGCUACCGAUCGUGGAAACAAUCCAUUGCAUUCCAUGUCACUCAUUGUUCACGUGACUCUAUCAGAUGUGAAUGACAACGCACCCAUAUUUGAUCAAUCAGUGUACAUGGUGAAUGUGACCGAAGAUGUUUCAUCCGGGACUGUAGUAGAAGAGAUGCACGCUGUGGAUAAGGACGCCGGGCUCAACGGAAUUGUUAGUUACCGCAUCACGGCCGGAAAUGACGAUGGUACUUUUGAUAUCGGAAAUGGAACUGGUGAGUGAAUGUUUCUUUAGUUGGUGAACGUCUCCUUUAUUUUUAAUGUGUGAUUCAGGGAUGAUUUUGUAGGGAGGAAUUAGAUGCUAAGAUGCUAGUUACUUUUAGGGGCUAAAGGGUUUACUCCCAUUUUGUUUGGACUUUCUUUCAGGUGUUGUGACAGUUUCUGGAAAAGUUGAUCGGGAGAAGCAAGAUUCUCACACAUUAACUAUCACAGCAAGUGAUUCUGGCGAUCCAAAACAGAGCUCCUCUGUACAACUGCUGAUCACAGUGACUGAUGUAAACGAUAAUGCACCACUCUUCAAUACUUCCUCUCUUCAAGGCGCAGUCUUAGAGAACUCUCCCGUCGGAACUUCCGUCAUGCACGUUAUGGCUACGGAUGCCGACGUCGGAGAGAACGCCCAACUGAUGUUUAACUUCACUUCAAAGGUCUACGCGGAUCUUUUCGCCAUCGACUCUACCAGUGGGGAGAUUACUGCGUUGAAAUCACUCGAUCGCGAAAAGCAAGAUCUUUACAAAUUGAAAAUUAGUGUAAGCGAUCACGGAGACCCGCGCUUAUCCUCAUCCGCUGACGUCACGAUCACUGUCCUUGAUGUGGAUGACAACUGUCCGAAGUUUGUACCCGCAGAGUAUAAUGUGACAAUUAGUGAAAAUUUGCCAUUCAAUCAGAGCAUUGUUCAAGUGACGGCUACUGAUGCAGAUGUGAAGGAUAAUGAAAAGAUGUUGUAUGCAAUUUGGCAAGGAAAUGAAGGAGGGGCUUUUACAAUCGAUAGACAUGGUAUGGUAAUUUAUGAUAAGAUAGAAAUAAUUCAUGUCCUGUAAACGUUCAGUCAAGUAACACAGUGGUCAAACGUUAGGCAUGCAUGGAAUCAGUUCUGGCAGGCAACGCACGAGUUUCCCUCGCAAAAUUUCAGAGGGAAACAAGAAACAACCCCCUUUUCGCAAAAUCAGUGAAAGAAAAUUGACGUGUUAAUAGAAAUUUAAUCAUAGGGGAAAAAAAGUAUGGAAAUGGAACACAGAGCUUAUUCAAGUACGGUAUACUGCAGAUUUACCAUUCUGUUUUUAGUUUUGCCAAAAAAGUUGUACGCUUUUACAACACCGUAAUUUACUAGCCUGAGAGGUUGUUUGUAACUCGUGUGAGAAAACUUGUUUCUGACAGCCUGAAAGCACGCCAGCUAUUCAUCUAACGUACGCAUAUACGCAGACGUUUUACCGCUGUGUCCUAUGGGUUGAAGUAGAUUUAAAUGAAACGUGAUUAUUAGAUGAAGUCUAACGAUGGUAAAUUGCUGAUUCAGGACUACUGAAAAUUAGAGACUGUGCGAGAAUUUAAGUAUCACACUGGUUAUUUAGCUGUGAACUUCGAAAGUAGCAAAUAUUAAAAACAUAAUUCCCCUGCUGAAAAAGCACUAUGCAAUAGUGAUGGCUAGAACUGCUGACAUCUUGUUUAUCAUCCGUUUACUGCGUGAUUUUCGUUAGCUGUAAAAAAAAAUUUUUUAUACCUCAAUUACCUUUAAAGCCACCUUUUCUCUGUCUCAGGAUUCGUAAGAGUUAGCUCCGCCGGAGUUGACCGAGAAGUUUCACCUACUUUCCAAUUGGUGAUCCGGGCAGGUCGUGCCGACUGUGGUAUCAACAACACCGGCGAUGGAAACACGGGUAAGAAAUACCAAUGAAAAUCCUGUUUAAGGAAAGGCCAAAGAGGGUUCAGAGUCAAAUUUGAAUUUUUUACAGCUGCUUUUUGUAUCUCUGAAUAUCUCAACCUCUUUGUGUUUUGUUUUCUGACUUUGCCAUAGUUUGAUGAAUUGGCAACAGAAUUUCGUGUAGUCCAAUUUUCUGUAAUUAACGCGGAACUAAACAGAAACAAUCUCUCGCUUCGCUGUCGCCUGAUUUUGGGAAUCACUUGUACGACUGUAGACUCCAAUCAGUACUCCAAUGGGUCCUAUCACCAUUAAUGAUAUCGACCAGAUCCCUUUAGUUGGAUUGCUAUCGAACACUUAUGCAUGGAUCAAUAACGAAACAACUUUUCAAUACCGGUGUUUUCACAGCCAAACUGUGGAUGCAGACUUCAAGAGCAACCUCUCAUAGAUAUUAUUUUUCCUUUGAUUUUCAACAGCCGAAGGAGGACCAGACGACAGAUUAGCUGCUACAGCCAUCGUCAACCUUAUUGUAACCGAUCAAAAUGACAACGCUCCUCGCUUUGCUCGCCCCAACUAUGAAUUCCCCCUCAGCAGCCUCAAUGAUACGAAUAUUGGCCGAGUUCAGGCGAUUGAUGAGGAUCUUGAUUCAGGCGGAGUCGUAAAAUUCCGACUUUUACAACAGAUUGAGGUGAGUUUAGGUAUCUCAAAGCUAUGUUACAAAGUAACGCAUGGCCGCCGGAGUGAAGAUGUUUUGCACAGAUCUUCCUCUUGGACGUUACGCAUAAAAGCAUAAAAUCAAUCCACUCAACCUCUUGUAACAGAAUGAAACACAUACUUCUACUACUACUAAAACUAACAACUACUAUUACUACCAUUACUAUUACUAUUACUACUACUACCACUACGGCCUCUACGGUUAUAUUUCAGGUACGAUCAAAGAAGGGAAGCCUCUGAAUUAAGAACUGCCGAGUAAAUUUGUCAAAAUAGCAAAACUGUUUUAUAUUCCAUUGCAAUUUUGACAAAAAGUAUGAUCUUGUCAUUGGUCUAAAUAUUUACUUGACAUGUGAACUUAACGCGACACAACCUCCUCUACUUUCAAUUAUAGGUGGAGAGAAAGUGGAAAGUGACGGUACAGGCGUAUGAUAUGGGUACCCCGAGUCUUAACAACUCUAUUGAUGUCCUUGUUACCUCAAGGUACGAUAAGUUGUCCUAAUCGUUUUAUUAUUUUUCUUCAAGUAUCAAUUUUAAAUGUGGAAAAAUCUUCCCCUAAGCAACUGAAACCGGGAUACCCUCCGACAUAACGAGCUUUGUAGCGUGUAAGCUGUCAUUGCCUUAACUUCACUUGUCUUCUCUUACAGGAUCACUUGUCAAGCUAUGGUUUUUAAAGUCACCGAGGAUGGUAUGAUACAGGCAGACACUUUGUGUAAUUUUGUUGAGAUUCCAACGACAGCAAAGCGUCUUGUGGGCGAUAAACAUCAAGUAAAUAUAUUUCAAACUCUUAUUAUUUUAAGAGGUUUUAAACUUAGUUUUCAUUUCUCUUGAAUAUACUUACCAGCGGUUUUAGAUGCAAACAGAUGAAAACAUGGUCAGUACAGGUGGGUAAAGGUUAGGAAAGCCGACGGACCAGAACAAAAGUAAAUUUAUUUGAGAGCCAAUGAGAAGUUAACGCAUUGAGCGUGGGAAAAGUGAGUGAUUCACUCGCCGCGACAGGUAUUAACAUUGCAACUGAUUGGUUGAGAAAGAGAUGCGAGUUUUUUUAACCAAUCACAGGACGUAGUGGAAUAAAAUCUGUGCUUUCCAAGAAUACUGCUUUCGAUGCUCGUUUCAGAAAAUCAUUCCAACGUAAAUUGGAUUUUUAAAAAGUUCCAUGGUCAUGUAGAUAUUAAUGCUGUUUGGAGCUUCCAUUGUCAUCUAACGAUCGAUAGGGAGGCUUCCAUAAAAGUCUGGUUCUUGCUUCCCUAGAAACUCAUGUUUCUUUGUUUACUUGUUUUAAUGUUUACCGUGCAACUGUUUCUAUAGAUGAAAUGCUCAGCAAAGGGUAACACUCUUCCCCAGUACCGCUGGAUGAAGGACGGUCGAUUUGUGUCAAACUGGGAUGAUCUUGGCGACUACGUCAUUGAACAUGUGACCGAGGAGGACGAAGGCAGCUACACGUGCCUGGCCACGAGCUCAGCUGGCUUGAUACAGUCCAGUGUUGCUUAUAUGACAGUGAAUGGUAAGAUGGUUUUCUCUUGUUCAUUUUCAAUUAGUCAGUUAGUGUGUUAAGACGAGUUAAGUUUGCUCACUUUCAGUAAGUUAGUGGGUCAAUCAAGUCAGUUACCCAAUCAGUUGGUCGGUCAGCUAGCCUGUAACUCAUUCAGUCAGUCUGUCUGUUGGUCCGUCUAACUGUCUGUCUGUCUGUCAGCCUGACUGUCUUUCUAUCUGUACGUUUGUUUGUUAGCCUGAUUGUCUUUCUGUCUGUCUUUCUGUCUAUCUGUCAGUCUGUUUGUCAGUCAGUCAGAUACUCAGUCGGUCAGUCAGUCAAUCAUCAGUUAAUCGUAAAGUCUGGCUGUUGAGGUACAGGUAGUCCUAAAAAAUACUGUUUUCACGUCAUUACCAGAGUUAAUUGAUCAAACAAUGAUCAACUAACCUAAUUGUCAUUUAGGAACAACUGAGGCGACCGCUGAACGAACGCUCCAAUAAAGUAGGUCUGCAAUGCGUAAGCAGACCAUCCCAUCUCAACUAAUUCAUUUUUCUGUGAUCAAUAGACCCACCAAAGAUUGUGGCGCAUCCACAAAACAGCAGUGUAGAGCUGGGUGGUACAGUGACACUAGCGUGUAGUGCCACUGGAGAUCCUCUACCUGAACUUCAAUGGUACAAGGACAAUAUCCCAAUGGUGGAAACUAACGAGAUUGAUCCAUUCAAACCGGAACUCGUGCUUAAGGAUGCGCUUGCACAAGAUGAGGCGCGAUAUUUCUGCGAAGCUAGGAACGUGGCUGGUAAAGUGAGGUCUGACUGGGCAACGCUCAAGGUGUUUGGUGAGUACCUGAAGUAAAAAGAUGUUCCUAGUCUGUGUAACUGCGCCUGCCUAAGCCUUACGUGAAGAUUAAAAAUUGUUAAGGGAGUGGGAGGGUAACUUUUGAGGGAUUAUCGUCUCAUCCAGGAGAAUUUCCAACACUUCUAGUCGCUUACCGAAUAAUGAAUGAGGGGUGCGAUAUAAGGCAUUAUUUUUUUUUUCUGAAAGGUAGCUUUGUUGCAUUUUUGAUCCAUUUUCAGGUAAGAAGGCACUUGUCUCUAUGACACUCUCGGUGACAAAUCCGAACCAAGAAGGAACCUGCCAGAUGUUCGACAAGAAAGCGUUUCAAGUAAGCCGUGAUUCACUUGAAAAUUGAUUCUAUUGAUCUCAGGAUUCAGUUCUGCCUCAUCUAACUUCGUUGAUUUGUAUUUCCAGCAACUCCUCAGCAAGGCUUUGAAGGCCAAUGUGGAAGUAAUCGGCUUUUCAGCGCCCAACCGGUGUGAAGAACAUCCAUGUAAUUCCAACCCGUGUAAAAAUGGCGCCGUCUGCUCCAAACAAGGCCCUCAGUAUGACUGUUUAUGUAGACCGGGAUGGACUGGGGACCACUGUGAGCUGGAUGUUGAUGAAUGCAGUGGAGGUAAGCUUGGGAACCAAUAAAUGAAGUCUCGUUGUAGUCAAGGUGAAAUUGAUAGUCGUAAUCUGUCACUCUAGCUAAAUUCUGAAAUUUAGGGGCUUUUUUUGGCCUGCUUUCGACUCCUAAGUAUUUAAUUCUAAACAUUACAGCAGAGCCACAUGGCAAUGGUUUUGUUAACGACUGAAAACGAUAAACUUUGAUAAAUUUAUGCCUUGACCUAUAAGAGUGACUGGCAUCUAAUUUCUCCAUACAACAACACCCCUGAAUCAAACAUCAUGGUUAUGAGAGUACAGGAAAUGACCACCCACACAAGAGUCUCUUAUUCUAUAACAAACUCUCUUUGUCAUUACUAUAGGUGACGAAUAGAGAGCAGUUUGGAGAAUAUUUAAACAACUGAAUUUUCGAGAUGUGAAAAGCUCGACUUAGUUUCAUUUACAAUUGGAGGACUUUUGGAAAGCCAUGUAUAAGUAGCAUACUGAAUGAAAUUUUUGUCUGUCUCGUUUAGAUCCUUGCUUUUCUAAUGGUGCAUGCACAAAUACAGCUGGCUCGUACAACUGCAACUGUACAUCGGCGAAGACAGGCAAAAACUGUGAACUGGAAAAGAAAGCAUGUGAAGGUAAUCCGUGUAAUGGCUCCAAGAUCUGUGCGUUGUCUGAACGCGCUCUUCAUGGAUAUCAGUGCGUUGACAAGGAGCUGGAAAUGGUUAUGGUGUUAUCCGUGGGUCAACGAGGAAGUCUAUUUGAUCUUGAAAAACAAGUCGAGAAUAUUAUCCGGUCUGCACCGAACAACGUGAAUGAGGUGAGUUGGAGGGUACUUCGAUCGAUUGACGUAACAGCAAAACCAAAGUAAUCGGCCUAUCAGAUCAAAGAAAAAUCUCGCAGAAAACCGAUUAGAGCUCAGACUAAAAAUAAGGUAAUUGGUUGAAGCAUAAACAAACGCCACUGCCCAGGUCUCGUUCUAGGUCUUGCGCUCUAUUGGUCCUGAGAAGGUGGAACAAGUUUUUCUGGAGCCAUCACAGGUCGAAGUUAGACAAAACCAAUAAUAGCUUUCUGACAAUUAAUGUUGAAUUGCCAUAAAGUGAUAAGAAAUGAAAACGUAAAAGAGAAGAAACAAAUAAAUUUAUCAUUUAAUUUUCCUCGUGUAAAAUAUAAAUGCUUGUUUCUCAUCUCAUUCGUGAUCACAUCUGUAGGGGGGGAGGGGGGAAGUUAACUUUUCGAUAAAAUGUGCGCUUGCCCCUUGCAUAUAACUUUAUAGCUUCAUGGGUUGAGACGCCGUUGGAUUAAAAAACUGGUCUUUCUCCAUUUCCUUAUCGUCCGCAGGUUAAACAUUGAUUUACAGGAAACUCCCUGAUAUAUUUUCAAUCCUAACUCAUUUAUUCAUUUCCAUCUAUUUCUUUAUUUGUCCUCAAAAGAGUGUGAAUGCCAGGCGACUCCGUAGGGCUGGUGUUGAAUUGGACUAUGGCGCAUGCUCUGUCCGUGUCACUAAAUACCAAGAAGGCAAGGUUCAUUUUGUGCUACUGUGUCCACCGGAAAUGAAGCCACUUGAGCCGCAAAGUGCUCAGCGGUUUGUUUGUGGUUUGUUAUUUGAUGCUGGUCGUUCGACAUCUUGUGGUGGAAGUGAUUCGAUGAAGACGCCGAUUCCACCAACAACCACCCCGCCGAUGGCGCCAAUGGAGUAAGUCGCGUUUAAUCAAUAAUUUUGCAAGGUUAUUCUUUUAAAACAGAAGACUCGCGUCAUAUCCUUCCAAUUUAUUAACCGCUGGCUUGAAGAAGUGAUGAACAUGUAAUUCCCUUCACAAGCGCAAUAUCUUAUCCAGCAGUUUUAAAAUUAAGAAACCCAUAAUUUUUAAUCAAAAUUAUGAUCAGAUUCCUCCAUAGGAAAGAAAAAUCCUCCAAAUGUGCCCUCUCCUAAAGUGUGACACGGAUCCGAAUCCCGACGAAGCCUAGAUUUGUCUUUUAGGCUUUUUUUUCUGGAAUUGCUUAAAUUGAGGAUCAUUGCUUGUCUUCAAUUAAAAAAGUGUUAUGUUGCGUCGCAUGAUAACCAGCGAAUCAUUUACCAUUUCUGAAAAUCUGACAUUUCGAGAAGAAUAAGGGGGGCGAGGGUGUUUAAAUUUACAUUCACCCGUAGACACUUGGUUUUGGCCACACCCAUGGUCACGCUGACGUGACGUGACGUCUCGUGAAAGAUACGAUGAGCCUUCUGCAAUUUUAACAGCAACACAAAUCAAAGUAAAAAUUAAAAAUUAAAAAAGUCAAGAGGAAAACACUAACCCUUGAUAACCUGUUUCCUUUCUACAGAGUAAAGCUUGAGCUCUUUGCCCGCGACAAGUCUGGUAACGAUUUAAACUCCGCAGAAGUGAUCGAUAUGAUAAACAGUGGAAAAAUGGAGGAGUUGGAACAAAAUGGUUUUAAAAUUGAAAAAGCUACAGCUAGUGAGUAUCAUUAUUCUUUUCGUCCUGAAUUAGGGGAACAAGGGGAAGGUUUUGGUUAUCAUAAUAGAAUUUACCUGUUUAGUCCCCUUUAUGCUCUGUUGACGACGACUAUUGCCCCCUCCGUGAUUCACACCCAAACCCCUUCCCCUAGUGAUUGCAUAUGUCUCGCAGCUGUUGAGCUUUGAAACACUGUGGAACUAGGCUGUGCGAAAUCAUUUCGGGUUUGUCCCUUGAGCAGGUAGAAUCCGCUUCCUGUUGAACAUAGCAUAAUUUAUUUUGACGUCAAUUUUUUGAGAGUGAUUAUUACAGGCGACAAGCGGUAAGGGUCUGGUCAUUAGGUGUCGCCUGCGGGAAGGGAGAUCGGAAGAAAUUGAUUGUGUCGCGAAUAAAAUUUACAUAAGGCUCUCUAAUAUUCUUAAGAUCCCAACUGAUUUUCUGUAGUGCCCCUUUACACUCUGUUGGUGACGACUGAUCCCCUCAUCCGCUCCUCUGAAAACCAAGUGAUCCUCCAAACUCUUCCACGAAGUUCUUCCCACAAAUUUUUGAUCAUAUCAUAACGUAAUCUUGUACGUGAAUAUUUCAUUUUUUUUAUAACUAAUUGAAUGUGUUCCUUUAUCUUUUUUAGGCUACACGGAACCUUCUAAAGGUAGGCCGAUUAUUGAAUGAUAUAACAUUAAAAGGCUUAAUCAAUAUAACAUUUCUUAUGCUAAUGAAGGGUGUGUCCUCCACCUGUCAACCUCUUCCCUUUGGGUUCCGCGGUCGAUUUUGAAAAUGGCACCAGAUCACCUUUUUUAAAACGACCGAGAAAAUCCUGGGGACGAGGUUGUUCGCUGGUAGGCUGAACGCAAUUUCUAAUUCAUCUAGGGAUAGCCAUCAAGAUCCAAUUUUGAAAAACAAUAUUUGUUGGACUGCAAUUUAAUAACGCAGUUCUAGAACUCAAUUUGGAAAGGUAUUUACUCGCACUAACCAAUGUUAAAAUGUGCUUUAUUUUGCAGCUGAUCCCCCGUCUAAAGUUGGUUUGAUCGUCGGUCUGACCAUUGGACUGCUAGUCCUUAUCAUUGCAGUAAUUGCAGCUGGAAUAGUUAUCACCAAAAGGUAAUUAAGUGAUACCCCAUGAGUCUGUUGUAUCUGAACCGAUAGUUUCGAAUUCCGCAAUGGCAAUCGAUUUGCAUCUCAAAGGAUUUGAUCUGUAUUUGCCGGAAGAGAAUAAUUGCGCCACUUGAACAGGGGUGGGGUGAGGGGCCGUGGGGAUGGGGAUGGAUUUUGAUUCGUCAAUUUAACAGGCCGUUCUCAAUAGCAUGGCCCGUUGAAAUUAAAGGCUAUUUCUGUUAACGGCAAUUGUUCUUAGCUUUAAAGAAUAUUUGAAAGUUUGACUAUCUUAUUUUCUUCAAAAUUUUUGUCCGAACGAUUUAACCGUUGAUCAACGAUUUCGAGUUGGCCCGUUUUGCUUUCGACUUGUGUCAGUUAUUCACAGCCAUUCUGCAAACCCAUCAAACAUAAAGAAGAGGUAUCAUAUCUCUGACCUUCUCUUCCAAGCCGGUAAUCUAGGAAAAGUAUAUUUGUCUCUCCUCUUCGAUUUUUAAUCUAUCAUCAAAAGUAAGUGAUAUUCAUCUUCCCUUCAGACGAAAGAAGCCACAGAACUUUCACUACUCGCUUCAACAAAGGGCUGCAAUGGCUCGCAAGGACAGCCAGGAGUCCAUUCUCGGCUGUGAUCGAGCCGUAAAAGACCUCUCCCGUUCAGAGAAGCAUUACCUUAAUGUCGCGUACGAAGAAAACUGCGACAUGUCCGAUGAAGAGGGGCAGCAAUUCAUGGUCCAGGUCGAUCUUGGCAAAUCAAAAAGCAGGAAGAUAUCUAUGGUUAGUAUUUAUGGUACCAGUAACCGAUCGUGACGAGACAAGCUUAAAAAUUUACAAUUUUACUCGUUCUAUUUACGCGUUUGACACAUUUGACAUCGUUGCUCUUAGCCAAUUGGCAGGAUGCGUAUCAGAUUUGAACCUUGUACUGGCCUAGCUCACAAGAGAGAGUCUUUGUGGCUCAGCGUGAGAGCAAUAGAGUGCGUAACUCGAAGGAAUGAGGUUGAUUCGAUUCUCUUGGGUUUCCUGACGAGACGAAAAACAUCGAUCUUUCUCUUUAAUCGAUCGUCUUUAUUGCAUUAUUGCUUUACUUUUCCUUUUAGCACGCACGGGAUCGCAUUGUGGAAUAUAUUUUUAGAACGCUUUAUCAAAAAAUUGACGCUCCCUUUUCAAUUUGGGUGUAAGCCACAGAAAGCUCAAGGUCGUGGUAUCUUCACAGAGUACAACAACAUCAGCAACAAACGCUCUUUUUCUAUGAGGUUGCAUGACUACAUUGCAAACAAAAUCGACUGCGCUCCAAUCAAUAUUUUCAUUCAUUUUCUAGGUGUGCGACGAGCCGUAUUUCUACGAGAAGAUCACUACACUAGAGGCAGAAGAAAUGCUGUCUUCUUUGGUACAACCAGGAACCUUCCUUGUGCGUGAGGGAGCCAGUAGCAAGGAGUUUAUUUUGACAGUGCGUGCACCAGAGGGCGGACCUUCUUUUAGACACCUUCCAUUUAAGUACGACAAGGCCAGCGAUGCUCUCCUGGUAACAAACUUUGGUGCCAUGGACGAUGAAAUGAGUUUCCAUUCAAUGCAAGAGCUUGUCAGUCAUUUUCAAGUUACACCGAUCACAUUUGACGAGGAUUCGCCUGAUGUUGUCCUUACGCAUCCUUGGAAUAAGAGUGAAGUGUAAAGCUGUUUUCUUGAUGGUUGACUGGAGAAUGGAUUAAAAAAGAUACAGGAAUUGUAUUUUAAUUUCAAAGCCUACGAAUUUUGACCCAUUUAUUUAACUCUUGUUAUUAAAGUUGAAAAAGUCUAAAAUUUUUAACUUGGCAAUUUAUAUUCUCGAUAGCAAGAUCAAGGCUAAAACUGGCAUUAUGGCCGUAAUUGUUUGUAAUUAAGUGAUGUUCGUUGUUUUCUUGUUGAAAAGUCGAUCGUCUUUUAGUAAAGACGCUUUAUUUCAAGUAUUUGUAAGCAUCUUGAACACUAACUAACUCUUUCUUUUAAAUUAAAUGAAAUGCAGUGGAACUUCCAUUAUGGGGACAUCGUCGAAACAAAACAAAAAAAAGAUGUUCCAUAAUUAAAGGUUCCUUUUCAAUGAAGGAAACAAAUACAAAGUUUGUGUAGUGGAACCUCCAUUCAAGGGACUAAAAAAGGGUAAUACAAAGUGUCCCUUGAAAAAAUGUUUUCGUCUAUUAAUAGCUCAUUAUAGAUUCAAAUACCUGCCGGGUAAACGUUGAUUUAUUUUUUAACUCGUUUAACUCGAACCCCCGUUAACUCGAAGAUGAUCCGAUUUCCCUUGAUCCCGUUUUUCAGUAAUUUACAAUCAGCUGACUCAAACUCCCGCAGACGCGAACCAUUCUUUGUUUCUUUUGGGAGUUCCAGUCAGCGGGUCUCUGCUGUAAUCUCACUUUUGUUUUUAUUACAAAUUAAAGUUGAGUUCCGGAGUAGCUACAUUUGAGAUCAGUAUUUAACCUUAAAAUCUCACCGUCAUUAUCAUAUUGUUAAGCUAUCACUAAGGGCUUUAUUAGAGGUCAGUAUUCCUCUAACGACCUACCUAUCACCGUUCAUCGUCAUCAUCAUCAUUUUCAUCAUCGUCAUCAAUAAUUUAACAUGUUGAAUUAUAUUGUUAGCUAAUUUACAAGAUUAUAGUUGUGAUGCUUUCACGAGUGUUUUCCGAUAUUUAAUUAAUAAUUAAUGAAAUAAUUUAAAAGUGUUGAUGCAUCGGUUAAGAACAAACUAUUAAAUUCGAUUAAGAGAUGGACAGAAACACAUAUGCGACCUGUAUUAUAAUUUUAUGAAAACAAUGUCGCUGGUGUGGAUAUGUAAAGUAAUUUGUCA